CUUCUUCUCCUCGCCAUUUCUAUAUAAUACUUCACUACUCUACACAAAAAACUACUCUAAUUGUUUUCCUUUUAUUUCCCAUCUUCUCUUCUUUCCAAGAAAUGAAGAUGGAGUCCACCAAGAUUUUAGCUCUUCUCUUCAUUUGCAUGUUCUUCACUUCCUCAGCAGCCACCGCAGUUAACCCUGACUGCGGCGCUUGCGGCCAUCACAAGCCACCAAAGCACGGAGGACACAAAGGGGGUGGUGGUGGUCUUUUGCCACCAAUUGUUAAGCCUCCAAUUAACUUGCCACCAGUAAUUCCUCCAGUGGUUAAGCCUCCAAUUAACUUGCCACCAGUAAUUCCUCCAGUGGUUAAGCCUCCAAUUAACUUGCCACCAGUUAUUCCUCCAGUGGUCAAGCCUCCAAUCAACUUGCCACCAGUUAUUCCUCCUGUUGUUAAGCCUCCAAUCAACUUGCCACCAGUUAUUCCUCCCGUUAUUAAACCACCAAUCAAUCUUCCUCCAGUUACAGUUCCUCCAGUUAUUACUAACCCACCGAAGGGAAGUGGUGGAAAGCCAUGCCCACCGCCACCAGCAAAGGCUGCUACUUGCCCAAUCGAUACAUUGAAAUUAGGCGCUUGUGUUGAUCUUCUUGGCGGGUUAGUGCACAUUGGUCUUGGUGACCCAGUUGUCAAUCAAUGUUGUCCAGUUCUUCAAGGACUUGUUGAGCUUGAAGCUGCAGUUUGUCUCUGCACCACUCUCAAACUCAAGCUUCUAAACCUUAACAUCUAUGUUCCACUUGCUCUUCAACUCCUUGUUACUUGUGGCAAGACUCCUCCUCCUGGUUACACCUGCACUCUCUAGAUCCAAGGUUGCCAGAAGAAUCACAGACACUCACAUGCAUCUUGAAAUCGACAUGAGAGGAUGUCGACCCUUAAUUUCUCUCUCCAUCUCUCUCUUCUCUUUGUUUUAAUUUCUUGAUUGGCAAUGAUGAUGUUUGGAUUACAUUGUACACCAUUUAAUUUGUAUUAUUAUUAUUAUGAUUAUGAUUAUGAUUAAGAUUGUUGUAUGUGUGGUUUGUCUUAGACAAGGGAGCAAUGAAGAGAUUUUCUCUUAUCAUUUCA